AUGGCUACUAGAACUCAAUUUGAAAACUCCAAUGAAGUUGGUGUCUUCUCCAAAUUAACUAAUUCAUAUGCCCUUGUUGCUGUUGGUGGAUCUGAAAAUUUCUACUCUGCUUUUGAAGCUGAAUUAGGUGAUGUUAUCCCAAUUGUUCACUCCACUAUUGCUGGUACUAGAAUUGUUGGUAGAAUGACCGCUGGUAAUAGACGUGGUUUAUUAGUUCCAACUCAAACUACUGAUCAAGAAUUAAUGCAUUUAAGAAAUUCUUUACCAGAUACUGUUAAAAUUCAAAGAGUUGAAGAAAGAUUAUCAGCUUUAGGUAAUGUUAUUUGUUGUAAUGAUUAUGUUGCAUUAGUUCAUCCAGAUAUUGAAAGAGAAACCGAAGAAUUAAUUGCUGAUGUUUUAGGUGUUGAAGUUUUCCGUCAAACUAUUGCUGGUAAUGUUUUAGUUGGUUCAUAUUGUUCAUUAUCAAAUCAAGGUGGUUUAGUUCACCCUCAAACUUCUAUUCAAGAUCAAGAUGAAUUAUCAUCCCUUUUACAAGUUCCAUUAGUUGCUGGUACCGUUAAUAGAGGUUCAGCUGUUGUUGGUGCUGGUAUGGUCGUAAAUGAUUGGUUAGCUGUCACUGGUUCUGAUACCACUGCUCCAGAAAAUUUGGUUGUUGAAUCCAUCUUUAGAUUACAAAAUGGUAAACCAGAUGAUAUAUCUCAUAAUUUAAGAGAUACAUUAAUUGAAACUUAUUCUUAA